CCCGCCUGAAGACUACUAACAAAACAAUCAUCAUGAAGUGUUUGGUCGCCCUCGUUGCCGCUUUGGCCAUCGUCUCCGCUAGCCCGGACCGUGAGCGUCGCUCGCUCGCUUGGGGAUCGCAUGGCGCCGUAGUCCUCGGUGGUGCAUUGCCCGGCGUGGCUCUCGCGGCUCCGUGGGCUCCCGCGGCGGCUGUUAUAGGUCCCGUCGCUGGAUCCGCGGCUGUCGUUGGGCCUGCCGCAGGCCCGACCGCCGUCGUUGGACCAACUGCUGGUUCUGCCGCGGUUGUUGGGCCCUCUGCUGGUUCUGCUGCCGUUGUAGGACCGACUGCCGGAUCCGCGGUUGUGGCUGGUCCAGCUGGAGCUAUCGUAGCUCCUGGACUUUGGUAGAACCUGAAGAUUUCCGAUUCGGCCCCGAGAGCAUACGACAACUGAAAGGAUCUCCCGUCAAUAUGCAAGCGACUUCUCAUUCGACCGUCAACCCCGCGACUUCAAUCGACGAACAGUCGGGAACGAUUCUCUAGUGUUUUCUGAUCUGGAACCGACAAUUUAAUCGCCUUCGUCGAUCCGAGCCGAUGCGUUCGGGAUUUUUCGAGGUUCUUCUGUGGAAUGUCCUCCUUGUACUUAGCCCUGCCCCCAUUACGC